GAAGAAGAAGAAGAAGAAGCGAGGCCAACGUCCUGUUCAGUAGUUAGCUGCUGCUCAGUUUUUUUUCCCCUCACGGCUAUGAUUGACAGAGUCAGCAGAGGUUUACACGGGCAUGUCCGCUCACUCGCUCGGUUGUUAUCGUAACAGACAGAACUGCAGCAUGGCGAGUCAAGAAAGAGCCCAGAGUUCUCGCCACUCAAACACAAGAACAAGAACACCAUGUAUCGGAUUAUUGAGGAUGUUAUUUAUUGCUUUUAUUCACACGACGCGGGCCAAUAAACAAGCAUUCAUUCAGUCAGACACAAUUCUAGAAGUUUUACAUUUUGGUGAGGGAAGCCUUUUACAGGCAGAUUCUGACAUUGAUUUUAGUUUAUAUCACCAACAAAGCACGUCCCCGCACCGUGGGAACUGCCGCCCUAUACGAUUUGAACCUCCAAUGUUGGACUUUCAUGAACAGCCCGUUGGAAUGCCAAAAAUGGAGAAAGUUUAUUUACAUAAUCCUAGCUCAGAAGAAAUUAGUUUGAUAUCAAUAUCAGCAACAACAGCACAUUUUCACGCAUCCUUUUUCCAGAAUAGGAUAAUUCCACCAGGAGGGAACACGUCAUUCGAUGUCGUGUUUCUCGCUCGAGUAGUUGGGAAUGUAGAAAACACUUUAUUUAUUAAUACAUCACAUCAUGGAGUGUUUACAUACCAGGUUUUUGGGGUCGGCAUCCCAAACCCCUACAGACUGCGGCCCUUCAUCGGGGCUCGAGUCCCAGUAAACAGCAGCUUCUCACCUUUAAUAAACAUCCACAACCCGUUCAGUGAACCACUGCAGGUUGUUGAGAUGUACUCCAGUGGUGGGGAUCUUCAUCUAGAGCUUCCCACAGGUCAACAAGGAGGCACUGGAAAAUUAUGGGAGAUUCCUCCAUUUGAGACAAAGGGGGUGAUGAGAGCCAGCUUCUCUUCGAGAGAUGUCGACAACCACACGGCUUUCAUCAGAAUCAAAACCAAUGCCCCCAGUGAGGACCAAUUCAUCAUCCUCCCUGUAGAGGUGGAGGUCACAUCAGCCCCUGGUAUAUACUCCUCCACAGAGAUGCUUGACUUUGGUACGCUGCGAUCACAAGAUCGUCCAAAACUGCUGAAUCUACACCUUUUAAAUUCAGGAACAAAAGACGUUCCAAUUACAAGUGUACGUACAACACCAUCAAAUGAAGCAGUCACAGUAGAUUUCAAAGCAGUCACACUGAAAGCCGGGGAGAGCCGAUAUACCAAAGUUGCAAGUAUUAGUUUUGACGCUUCAAAAGCAAGAAGACCAUAUCAGUUCUCUGGUAAGAUAACUGUCAAAGCGAAAGAAAAGAGUUACUCCAAGCUUGAAAUCCCUUACCAGGCAGAAGUUUUAGAUGGCUACCUGGGCUUUGACCACACAGCAACAUUGUUCCACAUCAGGGACAGCCCCGUCGACCCAGUGGACAGACCCAUCUUCCUCACAAAUGCCUUCAGCUUUGCAAUCCGGAUACACAACGUGUCCCUGCCUGAAGAGGCUAAAACCAUGUUUAAUGUGCAGAACUUCAGCGCGCCCAUCCUUAUUCCCCCACACGAGUCACGUUACAUCUUCUCCCUCCUCUUCCGGCCAGUGCGACCCUCCAUUCACAUAGACAGCAACAUCCUGCUCAUCACAAAUGCGUCCAAGUUUCACCUGCCUGUCCGAGCUUACACGGGCUUCCUGGAGCCUCUGGUCCUGCCUCCCAGUCUGAAGGAGAACAUCCUGGACUUUGGCGUUCGCAGUGCAACAGACACCAGCAGCAUCACAUUUGUGGUGGUGAACAGUAAUCCCAUAGAGCUGGAGAUCAAGUCCUGGCUGGUGACAGGAGACAGCCUGUCCAUGGAGCUGCUAAAGACAGAGAAAGGAAACACAACAGUGGCCCUGAGUCGCCUGAGAGAGCUGCAGAACACCUCAGCCUCCAAUCACAAAACAGUGAUACUAGCAUCUGGCUAUUAUGCAGCAUUCAGAGUGACACUUGUGGCCAAGGCACUGGAGGGCACGUAUGAUGGAGCCAUACACAUAACCACAGACUAUGAGAUAUUAACCAUCCCAGUUAAAGCGCUCAUCGCUGUCGGUACAUUAAACAGCUCUCCCAAGCACAUCGUUUUACCACCUUCAUUUCCAGGGAAAAUUGUUCAUCAAAGCUUCAGCAUACAGAGCUCUUUUACUCAGAAAGUGAGGCUACAGCAGAUCCGCUCCCUGACAGAAGAUAUACGCUUCUAUUAAAAACGGCUCCGCAACAACAAAGACGAGCUGGAGCCAAGACGUAAAUCAAAGGUGGCUAAUAUUUAUUUUGAUGCCAGCUUGCAGUGUGGUGAUCACUGUUAUGUGGGGCUGCCAUUUGUGCUUAAAUCUGAGUCAAAGCCUCACGGGCUCGCGCUCCAGGAGGAUAUCUGGGAUGCUGACGUCGAUCUUCACCAGAAACUCCUCAGGCGAUGGAAAGAGCUGAAAGAGCGCUCGGGCCACAAGAUUGAAGCCGUCUUUGAAGUCAACACUGACCUGCAGAAAAAUGUGCAGGCUAAAAUAACGGCACACUUGACCUGGCCCUCACUGGUCAACUCCUCGCAGCGAAUUACAUUCCCUCUGACCAACACAAACAGCUCCUCUGAGGAGGAGGUGAUUCUGCAAAAUCCAGCCGACGUCCUUGUCUAUGUCCAAGUUCUCCCCCUGGCCCUGUUACCCAGCCCCUCUGUGUUUACUGGAAAGCUGGCUGACAGGCUUCCAUUAGCAAAUUUGUCCAACAUCAACAUUGAAACAAACACCUUAGAGUUCCAGGUUCACAGAAAUCAAACAUCCCUAAUGAAGAGCAGUACAGGGUUUGUAGAGGGAUCAACCAGACCCUUUGUGUAAAACCUCCUCCUGCUGCCCGGAGAAGUCAAGUCGUUCAGCGUGAGGUUCACUCCCACCAGCAACCACAGUGUCUCCUCCCUCCUCAUAGUCAGGAAUAACCUGACUGUGAUCGACACAAUCGUACUUCACGGCCGAGGUACGACGGAGAGCCUUAAAGUUGCAGGGAAGCCUCCGGGACAGGGCAGCUCGCUGAGGUUCAAGAUGACCGAGGCGCUGCUGAAAGACUGCACAGAGAAGACAAAAGUCAAGGAGCCAAACUUCACCCUGAAAAGAACCUUCAGGGUGGAGAACACGGGCCUGCUCCCCAUCACCAUCAGGUCGGCAGAAAUCAACGGACAAGCUUGUGAAGGAUAUGGAUUCAAAGUUCUCAACUGUCAAGAAUUUGCACUUAAGCCAAAUGCUUCAAAAGACCUCAUCAUACUGUUUACACCCGACUUCACCUCAUCUCGAGUGAUCCGGGAGCUGAAAUUGGUGACAUGUGGAGGCUCUGAGUUUGUGUUUGUCCUGAACGCCUCCUUGCCCUACCACAUGUUAGCUGCAUGUGCAGAGACCCUGCCCAGACCGAGCUGGGAGCUGGAGCUCUACAUCAUAGUGUCUCUCAUUAUGAGUUCCAUGUUUCUGUUGGUGAUCGCCACAGCCUACCUGGAGGCUCAGAGCAUAUGGGAGCCUUUCAAGAGACGUGUCUCUGUGGAGUCCAACUCCACCUUGGAGACUGGGAGACCAUUUAAUCUCAGGGACAUUGUGCAAAUGGACAGUGAUUCAAAGUUGAACGAUUACGGCGACCCUCCCCAGAACUCCAGAGGAGUAUAUGCGUCCAGCAACGGAGCAGCUCGGGUCGGAGGCCGACAGGGCAACAGUCGCACCUUGUCCGACUCAGACAGCCAAGAUAAGAGGUCCAGGAUCGGCUUCAGCCGCCCAACUAUGCAAGCAACUUCCUCGCAACUGACCAAAGGAAGUGCAACCUCAGGCCAAGAAGGCCCUCCAGCUGGCUGCCAGCUCACCAACCGAAAGGCUCGGAGCACCAAACAACUGGACCUCCAGGGUCAAAGUUUAGCCGGGUCAUCGCUGCCUCACAGAGGCCUCUGUCCUGAGGAUGCAGAAUACGCCAACCUGAUAGGAGCCAUGGACAACGACCUCGACCGUCCAGAUUCACUCAGUGUGUUGGAAUCCAAAGGGAAGCUGCGAGGCAAAACAAAAGCCCAGAGGAAGAAGGAAGAGAAAGAGAAGAAAUCCACAGUAAAGACUCAGGGAGACGAGCUCAAAGAUAACCUGGCCGAUAACGACGACAGCUCCUCCACCACCACAGAGACCUCCAAUCCAGAUGUGGAGACAAACAUCAAAGAGGAACCAGUGAAAAAGAAAGGAAGAACAGCAACAACAGGAAAAGUGAAAGAAGAGACUUCAAAUUUCCUAAUCAAACCCAAAACCAAGAAACAAGGAACCAUAAAGAAAGAGAGCCCCGUAGAAAAAUCCAGUUCUCUGGAGCUGCCAUAUGUCACACCGCUGGAGAACAAACAGCGCAAGAGCUUCACAUCCAAAGCUCUGCACCCUCUCACCAACAUCCCAAAGACAAGACCGCUGCAGAAACAGAGAUUUGAUGGGAAGCUGGAAGAAGGGCGCCCCUCUCUGUUGGCCAAACUGUUGUCCAGCGGUCCAGUGCCAGAGUUGGGCCACAGCAGCAGCUCUGAGGGGGAGAAGGAGUUUGCUUCUCCAGAGUGGGAUGUACCACUUUCCAAAAACAGCGUCCAAGCAGAUAGUCUUCAGCAGAUCUCCCUCCAGACAAUAAACGCAGACCCUUUCCUGAAGAGAUCCGUCACAGCAGGGACCUGCUCCCCUCCACCCACCUCCCCCAGCUUACUGUCCAGAGGCACCUACAGCAGCGUGCUCAACAGUAGCAGUGAGGGAAACCAAAAGAAGGCCCCAGGAAAUAAACUGUCUGCAGCCACUCCACUCCCAGGCAAAAAUGGGAACCCCACCUUCGCUGCUGUAGCUGCUGGUUAUGAUAAAAGCCCUGGUGGCUCUGGCCCAGGUAAAACUGACAGCCAGGGGAAGAGUCUGGCACACAUGACAUCAGUGGAAAGUGACAGCUCUGACAGCUCUGGAUUGUGGAGUCCCAUUGACACAGCCAGCAGUCCAAACUUCCAUUCGGCAAACUCAUUCUCUGCUUUUGGACCCAACAAUUCCUUCAACCUGACAGGAGUUUUCAGUGGAAUGAAUCUCCCAAAGUCAUCAGAGCCUCAGCAAAGCUGGCCUGAGUUCACCUCCGCCUCCGCCUCCGCCUCCUCCAUCUGGGACAUACCGAGCAGUGACUCUCUGCACUCCUGGCCCAGCAGCUCCAGCUCACCGACUGCCCCAACAGUAUCACUCCUGGGAAACACCCGCAAUCCCUGGUCUGCAGCCACACCCUUCGGCAGCUCCAUUUGGUCAACAAGCGCAGAUUCAGCCUUACACCCUUUCCCUCCAACGACCAACUCAACAACGCUCACUGACCUGGUCAGCAGUCCCGCCCCGUCGCCGCCAACUUCAACGGAGAUGAGUCGGACCUACAACCCGUGGAACAUGUGGCGCCCCACCCUGAGCAGGCGCAGCUCUGAGCCGUGGCCCAGCUCCUCUGACAACGGCAAUUAAACUGCACAUGACUGCACUUAACAGAAGCACAUCAUGGAUUGGAUGUACUCUGUACGCUAAAUCUAAUUCUUUUAUAAUCAGAGAAUCCCAACAGAAAGCAAUGUUACCUGAAGUGUAAUGGGUUGGGUAGCCCAGUGCUGUAGGCUACCAGCCCCGCAAUUUAGUUCACUGCAGCUUUUUAUUCAUGGGGGGCAGAACUUUUUAUUUGGAUUUGUUUUAACAGGUGCCCCUAAAUUAAAAAUGGUAAUAGCAUGGUAUGUUAACGCCAGUGCAGACAUUUUUGCUGUUAUAGAAAGGCUGGUAGUGCUGCAUUCCUUCUCAAAGUUGGGUACACGGCGCGGAGUCUCUGGUGUUCAGUAUUAAUGUUGGAACAGAUGUCUUCUUUUAAGCCAUCAGUCUUCUUUUCACAGUCAUUUUGGUUCUUAUUGGUUUCUUAUACAGAUUGGUUUGAAAAAGUCAAAUUCGCAAACAUCUGCGUCUAAAUCAUUGAACUAGUCUUUUAUUUGGCAGCAGCGACCUUUCAUAAUCUGAAAUGUGAUUCUUCAGAGCACCAACGGCCCCAAAAGCUUCAUGGACAUUCAUGUUCCCAUUUUAAAGCGGGCUCUGCCCUGAUAAUAUCAAGAAGCCUUCGGUGAGAAUUAAUUGGUGAUCAAAGAACACUUGCGUUUGAGGUUUGUAUUGUACAUCACCUCUAUUUGUCAGCAAAUUUAAAUAAAGGAUUUCAGCAGAACA